GACGUCACAUGUCUGUGCGUAGUGGUGUGUCUGGGUGCCUGAAUGUUGUGGAUGGUUGGGCUCAGAGCGGAGGGGACACCGACGGAAGGAGACGAAGCAAUUUCUUGAAGCAGGGAAAAAAAAAACUUAUACAAGCCUGUUGUUGGCACCCUUCAUAACAUCCGCAUGGACGUGUCAUUGGGAUACCUGAAAAUUUUGUAAGCAGUGGAAGAAAAAAAACCCGGAAAGUUCUCUUUCCCCAGAGGAUUCAGCUUGUCUUGUAGGAGGCGGCAGAGCGUUAGACUCCAUUUUGCCGGCUAACAUGGCGGGCGCUCAGGCUGGUGUGAAUACCCUAUGCCGGGAGGCGGUGCCCUUUCAGGGGAACCUCAAAAGGCAGAGCCGCGAGAGGCCGGUGGACGCGCCCAUCAAGAAGCGCGUGAUGGCGGAGAUGAACCUGAAACGCAAGCAUCUGGAGGUGCCCUUCAGAACCCCCAAGAUUAAGAAGGAGCACCUGGAGGAGGAGGAGGAAGCGGAGGAGAAGGCAAAGAAGGAGGGGAAGCGGGAGGAGAGGGAGAGGAGCGAGCGGCGAUGGUCUGAGGAGGCGGACGACAGGAGCGGGAAGCAGUACUCCGGGGGCGGAGCCUUGGACCUGAGCCCGGGGCUCAAGCACACGCUGGCCCAGUUCACGCUCAGCAGCCAGAGCUCUCUGGGGGGCCCCGCCGCCUUCUCGGCCCGCGGGGCCCAGGACCUCAUCGCCCCCCUGCCCUCCCCUCCCGUCCUGGGCGGGGGCCCCCUCCUGGUGCCCUGCGACAGCUCCACGGAGCUCACGCACUCGCUCCUGGAGGGGGAGUCCAUCACCUCCUUCAUGGUGGGCGGGGUGAAGAGGCUGUGCCUGCCGCAGGUGCUCAACUCGGUGCUGCGGCAGUUCUCCCUGCAGCAGAUCAACGCCGUGUGCGACGAGCUGUACGUCUACUGCUCCCGCUGCGACGGCGAGCAGCUGCACAUCCUCAAGGUGCUGGGCAUCCUGCCCUUCAACGCGCCCUCCUGCGGCCUCAUCACACUGACCGACGCCCAGCGCCUCUGCAACGCCCUGCUGCGCCCGGGCGCCGCCCUGCCGCCGCCCCUGGACCCCGGCGGCGGCGGGGGCGGCGGGAAGCUGAGGGAGGGCGAGACCAGCUUUCGGGUGGAGCACCAGUGCCUGGGGAAGUGCCAGGGCGUGUUCGCCACGCAGCUCUACACCCACCCGGACGCGCCCUGCAUCCAGUGCGUGCAGUGCCACCUCCUGUUCGCCCCGCAGCGCUUCGUCAUGCACUCCCACCGGUCGCCCGACAAGCGCACCUGCCACUGGGGCUUCGACUCCGCCCGCUGGGCCCGCUACCUGCACCUGGGCAGGAAGCACCUGGGCUCGCCCCGGGAGGCGGAGCUUAGGCGACUGCUGGAGGAGGUGAAGGAGAAAUUCCACUGCCCGCCGAGGAGGGCGCCUCCGGACAAGAAGGAUGGUGCAGAUGACAGGGCAGUAAAGAAGGUCUCUGAUGUCUGCUCUCAGAAUGAGAAACUCUGUGAAAGCGAGCCAGACCAAAAGGCAAAAUCCCACCCUGCCCUCAUCCUCAAACCCCGGCUCUGCCCGGACAUCAAAGAGGAGGCCGGCCAUGCUACUUCAGUCCUCCACCGCAGCUGCCUCCUGUACAUGUAUGAUAAAGUAGGGACUCCAAACAUUUCUCAGGCCCCACCCUUGGGGAAGGAGGGGGCGGGGCUAGGUAUGGAGGUUCUGGAGGCACUGUACAAACAGCACUACAGUGGGGCGCGAAGGAGGGGGCUGUCCCAGGACCCGGAGGACACGGCAGUGAUGUCAUCCCCUGCAUCUGGCUUGCACACGACAUGUGGCUCUGCAGCAGGUGAGGUGAAACCCCCGCCCUGGCUCGCUGCCAUGGAAACGCCCCAGGGUGAGGACAGCUGCUCUAAGCCUCUGAGGGAGGAGGACAAGGACAGGAUGGUGCUGGAGGUCCUGCAGAUGUACUGCAGGCAGCAGGAGGUGCUACAAUCCACCCUGCAGAAACACAGGCAGCUGGAGAUGGAAUUGGAGGCAAUGCGCAGAGGUGGCCCCACAGUCCAAGGAGAGCUACAAAAGGAAUCGGAGGAAGUGCAUACUGAGCAUGUGCAGGAGAAGGAGGAAGGCACUGGGCAUGCUCAGAAAAAGGAGGAGUGUUCCGAGUCUGGUCAGAAUAAGAAGAAGAGCACCACGGCAGCUCAAAAGAAUAGAGAAGAGCAGACUGAGCAUGGUCAGAAUAAGAAAUGCACUGAGCAUGGUCAGAGUAAGGGGGAGGAGCAGACUGAGCAUGCUCAGAGUAAGGGAGAGGAGCAUACUGAGCAUGCUCAGAGUAAGGGAGAGGAGCAUACUGAGCAUGCUCAAAGUAAGGGAGAGGAGGUCACUGAGCAUGCUCAGGGUAAGGGGGAGGAGCACACUGAGCAUGCUCAGAGUAAGGGAGAGGAGGACACUGAGCAUUCUCAGAGCAAGGGAGAGAAGCAUACUGAGCAUGCUCAGAGUAAGGGGGAGGAGCACACUGAGCAUGCUCAGAGUAAGGAGCUGGUGCACAUUGAGCACUGUCAAAAUGAAGGGAAGGAACGCACUGGGGAUGCUCAGAAUGACAUGGAGGGGAGUACUGAGCAUGCUCAAAAUCAGAAUGAAAGCAAGCUGGACACAGUGGGGAAUCUGAAGCCACAGACGUGCACAUGCAAGCAGAACAUGGAGCAAAGCCAGGAGGCCCACUACACCUCUCAGCUGCUGGAGUUGCGGCGCAGGCUGGAUCAGGCGGAGCAGGACAGGGAGGAGCUGCAGGAGGAGCUGCGCAGGGAAAGGGAGGCACGGGAGAAGCUGGAGCUCAUGAUCUCCCAGCUCAGGCAGCAGAUGUCCCAGUCCGGUGGCUCGGGGGGCCUCCCCGCCCCCGAGACGGCGCCCCACGCCAGCCCCGCCCAGGACUAGGCCACCCAACCAGGGGACCUCCGACUUCCUGCUGAUCCCCAAACCACACGCCCUCUCGGCUUUCCCAGUUCUGUACAGGACAUUGCUUUCUUCUUCUUUAAACGGACACUUUUUAUCAUUGUUUGUGUUUUUAAAUCAAGAUGAUUAUCUUUUUAUGAGAUCUUGCAAGGAAAAAAAAAUCUUAUGACUGAUCCAGGGGGUGGGUUGAGGUUUUAACUUUUUUUUAAUUUUUUUGCGAAGGCUGCUGCUUUAUGGGCCACUGGCCACACCCACCCCAUUAAUUCCCACAGCCUGGCCCCAUGGUCCCCCUGAUCCCCCUUGUGGUCCCCACUCCUUGCCCCGUGUUACAGCACACCCCAGCAGUCCUGAGGCACUGAGACUUGGACCCCAAAACACUGUGGAUGAACGAUUCCAUACCCGUCCCAGGGGUUGCUUUCGGGUCAGCUGGCUGAUGCCAUCACUGUGGCUGGACAAGUUUGACAAGAGUGUCAGCGAUGCCCCCCCCCCCCUAAAGGAUUCCAUUCUCAUCAUAGCCCCCCCCUCCCCAAAUUUAAGCAGCAAGUAGCGCACAAAGAUGGCAGAAAUUUAACCCCCAAAACUCCCACUGUUGGGAAGGAAACUCUUGGGCGUUGCGAGGGUGUGGUCAGCUUCUCCGAGAAGACCCCGACUGUGGCUCCCGUUCACUUCCCCACCCCCUUUUACAGGGAGCCCAGACUCCUGUACGGCCAACCAGAGCCACAAACUUCCCUGCAUGGGAAAUACGUAUCCUUCCCCACCCUAACAUGAUAAAAUGAUAAACAAUGUGCAGAUAUUUAUAUAAAAAUAUGAAUAUGUAAAGUACGAAGAUUUGUACCCUUUUGAAGAGGAACCCGUUCAGGAGGAAAGGGUUGUGGUGGGGCGGGGGGCGGGGGGUAGGGGGUUGGCAUACAUUUGGGACAGGCGCCAGAGAUGGCAGGAAGGAACCACACAACAUUGGUGUGCUGGGAGAGAGGAACUUUGGAAUGUCACUGUGCUGAGGGGUGAAGUUGUUUUACCCUGGUGUCCCCAUGUUGGCACAGGGUUGCAAGGAGCAAAAACCUCAUGUCUACAGCCAGUCAGAAAACUACACUCUGGGAAAAAAUGGUUCCAAAAGGCUCCUUUGUGUCUGCAGGCUUGGUUCAGUCAGAAAGCUAUCACAUUUUUCCCACUUGUUAUAGGGUUCCAUAAAGAACUAAAAGGUUCCCCUAUGGAGACAAGCCAACGACCCUUUCUUUCUGAGAGUGUAGACUGCUCCUUUUUCUCUGAUACAGAUUAAUAUAUGAAUGCGGUUAUAUAUCCAAAAUAUUAGGAAUGUAGCCUGUAGCCUCACUUGCCAGGCUCGUAACAUUACGUACUGAGCUUCGAUAGGUUUACAUGCUGAUGGGAGCCAAGUCCGCACAGCAUUAAAAAUAUGACCUGGUGUUAGGUGGACCUUCCAUUCGAAGCUCAAAUUCAGUCAAGAUAGUUCUUUAGUGGUGCCGGCUGAGUAAUUCCUAAGUAAUGUUCCUUUCCUAGACACCACAAAAUAUGUAAUUAUUCUCGAUAAAAUUUUAUGCAAAUAUUGUAAAAUAUAUUACAGUAAUUUCACAAACUGUUCUACAAUGUAUAUUUAAAGAUUCAUAUGAAAUGUAUGAAACCAGACAUAUGUUAAGACAUUAUUGUAUUUUAUACUCCCUAACAUUUAUUUCUAAUGAGCUAAUCAAAGCAUACAAAAUUUGUGCCGAAUUGCUGCUGUCUGGCUGCUAUUUAACGAAGGCCCGAUUUGGUAUAUUUUCUCAUUUGUAUUGUUUUGUAUGUCUUUUCAUGUCAUGUUAAUGAAAGCAGAUGUUUUGGUGAAAUGAGUCCGCCUGAUCGGAACAAUCUGGCAGCCCGGUUAGUCUUUCUGUUUCAGAAAAGGAACAGAGAUCCAACUGGGGAGAAGGGGACGGAGGAGUAGACUAGGUGCCUCAUAACAGCAAUGGGCAGGUGCUGCUAUCGUUGUGUAGCCUAACCUAGAGACGAGACCGCUCCACCUACAUAUGCACCAGCUUUUUAUCCAUUUAUUUUCUUGCAGGCUUUUUAGACUGGUGGAGGACAUUGCUGCUUUGCCAGGUGCCGUGGCGUUGUCGGACACUGUUGAUCCUUGAAUGCCAGCAGACCUGCAGUAUUAAUAGUUGUGGUCUCGACCUGCGUGAGAGUUACUCAGAUUCAUGUACGAUUCUAAGGAAUUUUUUAUAUUGUGAUAUAAAAUCAUAACUCUGCAACCUUUACAUCUUAUAGGUUAAGACCACCCCUCCAACAAGAUUCAUAACUCUGCAACCUUUACAUCUUAAGAUUCAUAACUCUGCAACUUUUACAUCUUAUAGGUAAAGACCCCCCCUCCCCCUCCCCCUCCCCCUCCAACACCAAUAUAACACAUAUUUUUUGUAUGGUAAAUAAUUUAUUCACACUGGAAAGUUUUUCCUUUUAAAGUGUAUUUCAAUGCCAAAAAUGCAAGUCUACAUACAGGAAACUUUGAUAAAAUUACACUAAAUGUACUUAAGGUAUGCACGAAUGCAGAUUAGUAUUCUGUUUUGUAAAUAUAAUGUAAUCGUAAAUAUAUUAGCUUUGUUAGUUCAGAAGAAAAAGAAAUCUCCAAAAGUUUAUGCAGACAUAGGGGUGCAAUCAACAAACACAAUCCCAAUCACUUGCUAAUUAAGCAAAUUCAGUUUUAAAAGAUUUUUUUUGAAUCUCAAGAAGUUUUCUUUUGGUGGCUGUGUUCUCAGAUCGAUAAUGACAAGGGCUGAGUUUCAUUCUCUUUUUAUGACGUUCACAUUCAAAUUUAUGAGGUUUUCUUGCUUGCAAACAGAUGAAAUACAUUUUACGAAAAAUUAAGCGCAACACGCAACAAUUAGACAAUUUGUAUCUUUUCAUAUAAAACACGUUAUGUAUUUGGAUUUAACAACAAAACAAAAACGGUAAUUGCUACAUCCCCAUGUGUUGCACUGCGAUAUUCGUGGAAGGGACAUUAUCAGGGUUAGUUUUAAAAUCUGUUGCCGGACUCUGUGCAUGCGCUUGGAGUCCAGAACAUUUUGUAAUGUUUCAAUUGUGGAUAUUUUUUGUCUGCAGUGUCACAUCAGAGUGUUAGCCCCGGCUACCUCAUGGACAUAUGGGUUGAUUUGUGUACAUAUUCACAGUGCAUAUUUUAUAGUUGAGCAGGAUUUAUGUAUAUAGCUAAUUGAGACUCGUUUAUGCCCGUCAACCCCGCGAGCACAGUGCAAUGUAAAAAAUGAUCAUAGUAAUAAACAAGUUUGCCUGUUUUUUUCUUUGACAUUUAAAAUAACCUUGAGCGAUUGAAGGAUGACAAAUGUCAGUCAUAAGCUGAAGCAAGCAAAGCUAGUGUGCGUCACAGCUGAACUUGACAGUUGGUUUGUGGAUAUGCUGGUCUUGGGCGCACAAAUGACGUAAAACAGAAGGUUAGAUGGGACUGAAGAAAUACGAUCUGACAAGUAAAUCGAAAAACAGAUUGGUGCAGUCUGUUUACAGUUAUGAGAACAGAAAUAUCUAGACUUUGCAAAACAAACAAAACAUAUUAUUCGAUGGCUUUGUAACAUUUAAUGAAAUAUAUAUUUUAAUUGCUGAUAUGAAACAAAUCGCAACAAUGUCUGUGUAUGAUCAUUGCAUACAGUGCUAUGUUGCCAAUACUACACAGUGUGUUGACACAUUUGUUCUAGUGUUGCAUGAAAAACACUGUUCUCCUACCUCAUGUUGUGAUAAAAAAAAUAAUUUUUAAGCAAAUGACACUGCACCUCAAACCGUCUAUCACAGUACAUAUUUACUAGAAAUGCUUUUAUGCUUCUAGCUGAUACCUCAGUUGUAUUGUAAAGAGUUCUCUGUGUUUCUGUCCCCUCAGAUUUAGAUUCUGUAAAUAUAUCCUUGUAUAGACCAUUGACUUGAAUCAAAUUCGAGUAAACUUCUGUAGUGUCAAGCAA